AUGCGCAUAAUGGAGCUCGACGUUCAAGACCCAUCGCUCGAGAGUAAAUUAGGUGGUAGUGCCGUUGUACAAGAGAAGCCUGUUAUCUCCGAUGAUAUCGGCGAAUCCGGAAGACUUGCAAAAAGCAAGAUGAAUUCUAAAGAAAGAGCCUUGGUGCGCAAAUUGGAUUACUAUAUCAUGCCGACUAUAUGUGUUAUGUACUUCCUGAACUACGUUGAUCGCAACGCUAUCGCGCAAGCCCGCUUGAACCAUUUUGAACAUGAUCUCGGUAUGUCAGGCAACGAGUUCAACACGGCAGUCAGCAUGCAGGUACCCUUAUAUUCUAUCUCUUCGUCGGGAUACGUGCUCAUGCAGGUCCCGAGUAACAUGUUGAUUACACGGAUCAAGCCCGGGAUUUACAUGGCCGGGUGGAUGUUCCUCUGGGCGGUAGUUUCCGCUUGUACGGCUGCCGUGAAAAGUUAUGGCGGACUCGUGGCCUGCAGGUUCUUUCUUGGUAUUGCGGAAGCCCCAUUCUACCCGGGUGCUACGUACAUCCUAGCGAUAUACUAUACACAUAGUGAGAUGGCCAUGCGGGUCGGUCUUAUGUACUGUGGCCAACUUCUCGCCACAGGGUUUACCGGCCUGAUCUCAGCCGGUGUCUUCGCUGGGAUGGACGGGUUACGAGGUCUUACCGGCUGGCAAUGGCUCUUCAUUAUCGAAGGUUCCUUCACUGCUCUAGUUGCAGUUCUAGGGUUCUGGCUUCUCCCAAACACGCCGGAUGAUACAUUUUGGCUGAACGACGAGGAGCGCAAGUUGAUACGGACACGCACAGAGCGCGACAAGAUCAGCGAUUCUCUAAACAAAUCUAGUACCUGGGAAGGUCUUAAGGAGGCAUUUAAGGACAAGAGAACUUGGCUCUUCUGCUUUCAUGCAGAUGUUUCAUCUGUCGGCCUGUUCUUUCAAUGCCUUCUUCCCAACGUAAUCGCGAAAACACUUGGGUAUAAUAACACUGUAACAUUAUUAUUGACGUGCCCCCCUUUCAUCCUUGCGGGAGCUGGCAGUGUCUUAGUCGGUUGGAGCUCUGGGAGAUUGAAUGAGAGGACAUGGCAUAUAACAGCAACAUUAUCCAUUGCGAUUAUCGGAUUCGUCAUAGCAGCAAGUACACUAAAUACUGCUGCACGUUACGUUGCUUGCUUCAUCUUCCCCGUCGGCGCAUUUUCCGCUAAUUCGGUCGUCGUCGGUUGGGCAUCAUCGACUUUGAGUCAAACAGAAGAAAAAAGAGCGGUCGUCCUUGCAAUAACUAAUGUUUUCGGCCAUAUCGGCUAUAUAUACGGCGCAUACCUGUGGCCCGACACUGACGAGCCGCGAUACGGCAUCGGGUUCGGCGCUUCCGCAGGUUUCGCUCUCCUUUCGAUCUGCUGUGCUUGGAUUGUCCGGAUACUACUUAUCCAAGAAAAUAGGAAAAUACUAACUUCGAAUUUAGAGCGUGUCAACUUGUAUAGUUAUUAA